CCCCCGUGUGCCCCCGGGGGGGGCAGGACCCCCCUGAUCAGCACUGGGGAGCAGCAGGGGGGGGUCAGGAUCCAUCCUGCUCCCGGGAUGGUGCCAGCCCUGGGAUCCAGGUCAUGGUGGAGCCCCUUCCCACCCAUCCCAGAGCCCCCCGUGUGCCCCCCGGGGGGGGCAGGACCCCCCUGAUCAGCACUGGGGAGCAGCAGGGGGGGGUCAGGAUCCAUCCUGCUCCCGGGGGGAUCCCGGGAUGGUGCCAGCCCUGGGAUCCAGGUCAAGCUGGAGCCCCUUCCCCUCAUCCCAGAGACCCCAAAUGGGUCUGGGUGUGCCCCUGGUGUGCCCCCCGUGUGCCCCCCAUCCAGAGGGAGCCGGGCAGGGAAGUGCAGGAAGACGUGGCAGUGCCCGGGGGGCCCCUGUGGUGGGGAGGGACCCCCCCCCAGUAUUGCUGUGGAUGGAGUUGGGGGGGCUCCCAGGGCUCCCAGGAUCCAGGGAUGGGGGGCUCCAGGAUCUCCAGGGCUCCCAGGAUCCAGGGAUGGGGGGCUCCAGGAUCUCCAGGGCUCCCAGGAUCUGGUUCCCAGGAUCCCAUCCAUGGCUCCCAGGAUCCCAUCCAGGCUUUCCAGGGCUCCCAGGAUCAGAUCCAGAGGGUCUCCCUGUCCCAGGAUCCCAUCCAGGGCUCCCAGGAUCCCAUCCAGGGGCUCACAGGGUCACAUCCAGGAGGUCUCCAGGGCUCCCAGGAUCCCAUCCAGGCUCUCCAGGGUUCCCAGGAUCACAUCCAGAGGGUCUCCAGGGCUCCCAGGAUCAGAUCCAGGAGGUCUCCAGGGUUUCCAGGAUCCCAUCCAGGGUUCCCAGAAUCCCAUCCAUGGCUCCCAGGAUCCCCUCCAUGGUUCCCAGGAUCAGAUCCAGGCUCUCCAGGGACUCCCAGGAUCAGAUCCAGAGGGUCUCCAGGUCUCCCAGGAUCCCCUCCCUGGCUCCGAGGAUCCCAUCCAGGCUCUCCAGGGGCUCCCAGGAUCAGAUCCAGAGGCUCUCCAGGGUUUCCAGGAUCCCAUCCAUGUCUCCCAGGAUCCCAUCCAGGGCUCUCCAGGUUUCCCAGGAUCCCCUCCAUGGCUCCCAGGAUCACAUCCAGGCUCUCCAGGGCUCCCAGGAUCAGAUCCAGGGGGUCUCCAGGGACUCCCAGGGAUCCCAUUGA